UUUUUUUCUUUGCCUGUUACGGUUUUACUCCGAGGCUCAACGUGAAAAGUAACUUUCCGUGUUGUUGGCGUCGCGGUGCUUUCGGGGCUCCGAGGGGCCCGCUGUGUUGCAAACUAGUCUGGACGGUGAAGGAGCGGAGUGGGAGGCUGCGACGACGGAUGGGAGGUAUUUACUGGGACCCGGCGUGUUCAGUUUACAGUCGGAGGUUUUACUUGUCUGUGUGUGAACCGCUGAACGAGCUCUCGGUCAGGGAGGAAAACGCCACUGAAGCCGCCGGGGAGUAGACGUUGGCGACGUGCACACGGGCAGCCGUUGGUCGGUGCUCCGCUCCGGCGUUAGCUACUUGAACUCGACCGUUGUGUCAGGGGGUUUUACCGGAGAAACGUCUGGAUGUGGACCCAGCAGACGUGUAAAAUAACAUUUCCGAAGCAAUACGACUCUUAAACGUGUGCUGGCUUCACACAGAGGUUCCAGUGUCAGGCCGCUGCUGCUCCAGUGAAGGCCUCGUGAUUGGAUGAAGAAAGAACCACUGACUACCAGUAUGGACCUGCUCCAUCCUCGAGCCUCCAACAAUCCUUAGUUCUCUGAUCUGCAGCUGAGUCUACUGAACUCUGAACCGUGACCAGCACCAGUCUAUGACUGACCUCCUGCCAGGUGAUCUGUCUUGUGCCACAAUGAUGUCAGUAGAUGUGACCAAUCGUAAUGGGCCUGCUGCCACGCCUCCCACCUCACUCAGCCUUCGCUCCUCACACAACCAGCUUCUCAGCAGCGAUGUCAUCAAUCAGGGCUCCGCUACGCCUCCCAAGUGUCGCAAAAAGUAUGCACUUACCAGUAUCCAGGCUGCAAUGGGCCUCGGAGAAGCUGUGCCACCUUCUUCAUCAUCACCAUCAUCAUCUCCAUCACAGUCUUCAACCCCCAACAAUCCUAAACUAGCCAAGAAUGGGGUCAACCAGCUUCGUAAAGCUGGUCAGGACCACAACAAAAACACAACAGGCCCUGACCCGAUGGACCUGGAGUGUAAUUCAGAAACUCUAGCACAUGGCCUUAAUGUCAACACAGCCGAGGAACAAGAUAGCCACGCUCUUACGAAUAACGACCGAGAGGAAGAUGUCUUUGAGCUCGACGCUGAACUUCACCCAGGUACUAACAGUGAUGCAGAGCCUGAGCAGAAAACAGAAUCAGAUAUAGACUGUAACACGAACACAACUACAGAGCUAAAAAUGGACAGCAGCGCAGCAGAUUUGGACUUUGACUUGAACAUUGAGGCAGAAGAGACGGAUGACAUCAGCAUUUUGUCUGAGAAGGAAAUAUCAAAGAUGAAGAUUGAGGAAGAUGAGGUGGUGGAGGAUCAGGAAGAUGAAGAGAAGAAGCCUUUACUGAUGAUAACAAGUGGGUCUCCUGUGAAGAACCACAAAGUUUCUCCAAGCCUGGAACUCAUCACUGACCUCCACUCCAACCUCAAGCUCCUCAAAUCAGGCAAGAACUCUCCGGUGCCUCCCCCUCCUUCCCCGCCCCGGCAGGCCAGUCCAGAGGACACUCCCCUGCUCUCUGUGGCUUCCUGUCCCUCCUCUUCUUCCUCCUCUCCAGAGACGAAGAAGGACAGAAGGACUGGCGCGAAGACAGACUGUGCUUUGAACCGCAUCCAGAAUCUGAACCCGAGUGAUGAGGAGUUGAGCUGGACUACCCUGUCCCAGGAGAGCAACUCCCCAGAGGAGACAGAUAUCUGGAGUGAACAGUCAUUCCAGACAGACCCUGACUUGCCUCCAGGAUGGAAGAAAAUCACAGAUAUGGCCGGUAUCUACUACUGGCACAUCCCUACAGGCACCACCCAGUGGGAGCGGCCUGCCACCCAUCCUGCUCCCCCCGGACAGACAGAGUCCCCGGCCCUGGGCGACCACACAGCCUCGACGCCACGUAAACACUCCCUGGGCUCACUCAGCCCCUCACCCACUCCUGACCAUGAGUCAUGCCAGGCGGAGGUCUUCUUCAGGGCUUCAACUCGCUCAGGAAGCACCACCUCUGACAGUUCAGUGGAGCCUCUCUCCACUCAUGAGCCCAUCCUCCCUACAUGUGGAUUUGUCAACAGCUGCUAUUUUCCUCGCUCCACAUCUCUGCAGGGGAUGUCGGAUCAAGACUGUCGCUCUCAGCAUCACGAAGAUGAGGACAAGAAACAGGUGUGGAGUGAAUUUGGCGGAAAAAUUGAUAGUGAAGUGUGGAAGGACCUGCAGGCAGCCACGGUGAACCCCGACCCCAGUCUGAAGGAGUUUGAGGGUGCGACGCUUCGCUACGCAUCACUCAAGCUAAGGAACCGUCCAGCUGUGGAAGAAGAGGAGUCUAGCGGUGUCAACAGUGACCCAGAGGCAAAAUGUUUUGCAGUGCGCUCACUGGGUUGGGUGGAGAUGGCCGAGGAAGAUCUGGCUCCUGGAAAGAGCAGCGUUGCCGUUAACAACUGCAUCCGGCAGCUGUCCUACUGCAAGAAUGACAUUCGAGACACUGUUGGCAUCUGGGGAGAGGGGAAGGACAUGUACCUGGUGCUGGAGAAUAAUAUGUUGAACCUGGUCGACCCCAUGGACCGCAGUGUGCUUCACUCCCAGCCAAUUGCAAGUAUCCGGGUCUGGGGCGUUGGCCGGGACAACGGCAGAGAGAGGGACUUUGCAUAUGUGGCGAGGGAUAAAAACACCAGGAUCCUGAAAUGUCAUGUGUUCCGCUGUGACACACCAGCCAAAGCCAUCGCCACCAGCCUGCAUGAGAUCUGCUCCCGGAUAAUGACAGAGCGAAAGAAUGCCAAAGCGAUGGCAGGAGGCUCUCUCCAGGACAGGAUGCAGGCUGGACUUGAUCUCCCUUUACAAGCAGAGUUCCCCACACCAAAGACAGAGCUGGUUCAGAAAUUUCAGGUGCUCUACCUUGGAAUGCUACCUGUAGCCAGACCAAUAGGUAUGGAUAUUCUGAAUGGAGCUAUAGACAGUCUAAUCGGUUCUUCCAGCAGAGAGGACUGGACUCCUGUGGCCCUCAACGUGGCAGAUGCUACGGUCACCAUCAGCAAAGACAAGGAUGAAGAGGAAGUGCUGGUGGAGUGUCGUGUUCGUUUCCUGUCUUUCAUGGGCGUUGGGCGUGAUGUGCACACGUUUGCCUUCAUAAUGGACGCUGGCGGCCAUCGCUUUGACUGUCACGUCUUCUGGUGUGACCCCAACGCAGGGAACGUAUCUGAGGCCGUACAGGCAGCUUGUAUGCUGCGGUAUCAGAAAUGUCUGGUGGCUCGCCCCCCCUCCCAGAAGGCAUGCGGCUCGUCGCCCCCCGGUGACUCGGUGUCGCGUCGGGUCUCGACCAGCGUGAAGCGCGGCGUCCUGUCUCUCAUCGACACCCUCAAACAGAAGAGGCCCGUCACCGAGUUGCCGCAGUAACCACCUCGGCAAAACGCUCGCCGGCCCUCCACCACAGCCCCCAGUCACCAUGGUAACUCGUCACAUCGCUGCCAAAACACCCGCCGCCACCACAGUAACCAUGGAAACACAGCAAACCCCAGGGUUUGGGGAACUCGCCACAAUUCCUUUGCCUUGUUUGGGAGCAAAUUGGAAUUUCACCUCAAGAGUUCAUCGGCUCUUGAGCAGCAAUUCAAGUCUGUCUCCUCAAAAUAACUGAGACGAGUAAAGACUCUGAACAGCCAUGAGAAACGCCUGUACAUAUAAGUAACUCUCUUCCCCCCACCCCGGCACAAAGGAGCGAGGAGAUGAGAGCAAAAAUUGAAGAAGCAGGACGCUCCUUCAAGCACAACACGUGUGAAGAACGAGCUCAUGGCUGCUGAACGGCUGAUCUCUCCACGCUCUUAGUGUAUUUGUGUCUGUGCUUGUGCUGCCAGCAUGACCUUCCACACCCGGACACACUCCCACCACUCACCUGGUUGUCUUGUUAGUCUGUAGUGGCUUUCCCCCCCCCCCCGACUCUGGCCCUCUUUCUCAUUAUCCUCAGUAGACUGUGACAGUAAACAGAUGAAAGGAAGCAGUGGAGAAAGCCAUCAAGUCAGAUUGUCAUAUUGUCAGUAAGCAGUGAAUAGAAGAUAGAAAGAAGCUGCUGCAGACUGAAGAGAGAGAUCUGCUUGUCAGUCUACACCCUCUAACCCGUUCAGCUGACCCUGCAUGGACGUUUUGUCUAAAUGUGAACCAUUCUAUACAAUAUCAAUACACUGCUGCUGCUUUUAGAGACUAAAGGGGAGAGAAAUCAGAAGCCACGUUGAUUGUUUAUCUUGUCUUAUAAGUUCCUUUUUUUUUUUUUUGUUUCUCGUCAGCUGUGCAAGAAUCGGCAAGAACGAGUGGUGACCUUCCACCCGAAUCAUCCUCCACAUACUUACGGUUUACGUUUUUUUUAUUCUUCUGUUGUCCCUCGGAAAAAUGACAGACGAUAGCCAUAAUGGAGGCAGAGAGACAGGGAUGGACAGCUUUGACCCUCUCUCCUCUGCUCGCCUGCUCUCUGGUAGCCAGUAAUAGACUGCUGCUCCAAACAGGAGUCGACGGCAAGCUGCUGCUCUUUGAUACACAUGCUGGAGGAAAUUUGACUGAUUAUUCCUUUAAAUCUCACCUCAGUAUCGGUCAUCAGAGACUUCAUGUCCAGUAAUUAGAGGAGAUCGGUGACAUAUAAAAAAAAUAGCCUGAAGGAAGAGAAAGAAGACUUAAGGAAUGUGUUUUUAUACCCGGUUAUGGUUGUGAUCAUUUUAUUUUCCACAGCUGAGAUCUGAACUGUGCGGAGAUGAAAGAGACGGAAUUUCAUCUUCAGCUUUGGCUGUUUUUGAGAGAAAAAAACAAGAGAGACACGUUGACUCAACCUAACAGGACUUUCCUGGGCUGCUAUCUAUCUGUCUCCAGGGUUCUGUUCACUUGAAUGCGCCUUGUCUGUUUUCUUACUUUUAUCAUCAGUGCCACGAAUCACUCGCUUUCGGUGUGUUUUGUGUGGAGUUUCUCAUGCAGAUCCACACUGCUAGCUCCUUAUUAUCACAUAUCUGACAAGCGUGGAUGUCUGGUAAUAACUAAUGAAGUCUUUCAUUUCACCUGGAAUCAUAAAUCAUUCCCCCGUCUGAUCGCAGCCUGUCAAGCUUUCCACAUGUUGACACCGUGUGUACAUGGUUGCAGAAAAGCUAGCUAACUAGCUUAGUGACCGCUAACUGUGUGUUGUAGGCCUCACAUAAAAGCUUUGAUCUUGGAGGGUGCUAAUCAGAGGUAAAGCUAACAGCAGCAGUUCUGUCCUUCAUGAAAGCCUAGUGGUACUGUUGUCAGUCAUGUUAGACUGUCUCUAAAAGCCUUUUCUGUAGCUUUAGAAAAUAAAAUAUAUACUGCUUGAAAAUAAGAACAGUAAGGCGUAAAUGUAACUUACUAGACCAAGGAGCUUAGCUGUAUGUUAAGCAGCCUGACUGUCUGAUUGCACAUUUUUCUUUAUUGCACAUAAGUAUAUACUGAGGCAACCAGACUCUACACAGCAAUACAAGAACACACUCACUCACUUGUAACAGUGCUUACUUUUUGUCUUUUAGCGUGAUGCCGUUUAUGUCGACACCAAGUGCGUAUUCAAGACUGCUUUUACAAGAUUCUUUGACUUUUUUUUAAGUGUUGCUUUUUAUUGACAGAAAUAGUGGAGAAGGAAUUGGAAAUAUGGAGAAGAGUUUCAGAUUAAGAUGCAGUGGAUGGAAUUGAACUGCUCAAAGGAAUCAGUGUUACUGGUGCACCCCGACCACUUGGUCAUCAGGUUGCUCUACGAGAAUCCAGUUUAACCCUCUGAACUCCAAGCAUUUUCUGCUCCUGUUACAUUUUCAUUAACUGUGGAUUCGUUUUCACUCCAGUAUGAAGUCUUGAACCUCUACAGAAACGGCAAUUAUAGCUAGAAAUAGAAGUCAAAAAUGUUAUCAGCCACCAAGUUAGAACGCCAUAUGUCAAAAUAAGCAAUACAUUUCUUUAUUUACUCUACAAAAUUGAAUAAACUGGAAACAAUAAAUACAACAAGUGCCCACAGGUGUUACUAAUACUGUAAAAAAAGGUUGACUACAUACUAUAGAUAUUUUACUGCUUGUGCUUUUAACUUAUUUUAAAAGCUCCUGAAUUCUUGUGAUGUCUUUGUAGGUUCCACCCGAGCCGCUCGACAGUUGCAGUGAUGAGUGCAGGAUUAUUAAUUUUGUACAGACUGGUUACUGCAAGCAGUUUAGUUUGGGCAGAUUUUGAAAUGACUCGUAGAACGAGGUGAUUUUGAUAUAAUGUCGCUAUUUUAAGCUUAGAUUUGGUUUACUAAUUGAAUGCUAUAUCACAAAAAAGUAGUUUGAGGGCCGUCAGAAAAGUCACAGUGUGAUUCCCACUGAUAAAUGGUGUAAUAUAUUUAAAUCCACCAGCAGGCUUUGGGGUUUAGAGACAGAAUUUAUUUAACUUAGCUUGCAAGCUGAUCAAAUCUGGCUGCCUAAACUCUAGGUAGCAGGUAAGCAUGAGUAGAUUUUUUUGUUUGCGUUAGCGUGGAAAAAAUAGAAGUAAAUUGCACAUUUCAAGUGAUACAUCAGCCACUUUUACAGCUGUAAUCUGUAAAUGUACCAUGUGAGGAAGGAAAGCUUGACAGGCGACGCAGCUUAAGGGGAUGUUUUGCUGAAUGAACAAAGCGUCAGAAACCUCGUUGCAUCUUGCUCGUUGUUUCGAUGAAAUCCACUUUAAAGGCACUAGUUUUGUAAUGGAGAUUGUGAUGAGAAAAUUCCUCCACGUCACCUUCUUCUGUCACAGGGAUGCUGAAAUGUGAAUGAGACGACAGAUUCUAUGUGUAUAUAAAAACCCAUUUAAUGUACCACCUGGCAUUAAUCAUUGUUAUAAGCUAUCUUUUCUUUCUUUUUUUUUGAAUGUGUUUAGUUUUCUCUUAUUUUCUUGUAAUGAAAUGCCUUUUUUGAAAACUCACCAAAUGGCCAAAGUGUAAAAUAUUGAUAUACGUCGUUGUAGAUAAGAAAAAUACGAGAGCAAAUAAUGAAAACAGUAGAGGCGAUCGGAAAUUUUCACAGUCGUCAAUUAAGUUGAUACUGAAUUAAACUGAGCAAUUAUCUAUGCAUUCUUUUGAUCUGGAGAAAUGGAAAGUCAUGAAAAGCCUUGCAUGCCCUUGGAUGGUUGAAAGAAAGACUGUAUGUAUUGAACAGAAAUAUUUUUAUUUUAUUUAUUCUAUUUUAUAAAGGUAUAUACUGAUUUUAUUAUUUGGGGGCAAGUAUAGUCUCUUGACUCUGUCAUUGUCUCGGUCCCCGGUUAAACUCACAACGCUACAACGAGCUCCGCUUUGCAGAAAAAACAGCAGAUAAAGGAAUAUAUCUUCACCUUGUACAGUGCACUGAGAGCUGGGAGUCCACUGCUGUCUGAGGCAUGAGGAGGAGGAGGAAGAUGGGAGCAGCAGUGGACUCCCGGCGCCUCUGUCAAGCUCACACAUAAACAACAACAAACGCACACACUCCAUUUCCCAUAGAUGGAUGUGUUGGCUUCCGUUUGCUGCUCACUGAUUUGUACACUUUAUCAAUGUAACCAAUUGUGAGAAUAAACGGCAUUAUAAAACUCA